AUGGCCGAGCGGGGCCGCCCCGGCCUGCCCGGGCCCGCGCCCGGUGCGCUCAACACUCCGGUGCCCAUGAACCUGUUCGCCACGGGGGAGGUAGACGGCUCCAGCCCCAGCUGCGUGCCCAGGUUGUGCAGCCUGACCCUGAAGAAGCUGGUGGUCUUCAAGGAGCUGGAGAAGGAGCUCAUCUCCGUGGUGAUUGCUGUCAAGAUGCAGGGCUCCAAGCGUGUCCUACGCUCUCACGAGAUUGUGCUGCCCCCCAGUGGACAAGUGGAGACCGACCUGGCGCUGACCUUCUCCCUGCAGUACCCUCACUUCCUGAAGAGAGAAGGCAACAAACUGCAGAUCAUGCUGCAACGGAGGAAGCGGUACAAGAACCGGACCAUCCUGGGCUACAAGACGCUGGCCGCCGGGUCCAUCAACAUGGCCGAGGUGAUGCAGCACCCCUCUGAGGGCGGCCAGGUGCUGAGCCUGUGCAGCAGCAGCAAGGAGGCCACCGGCCAUGUGGCCGAGAUCUCCAUCUUCUCCCUGUCCAGCCAGCCUGUUGACCACGAGGACAGUGGCCUGCAGGCUGGUCCCAAGACCAAGUCCACAGACAACUGCUCUGAGGACGAAGACGAGAGCUUCUCGUCGGAGCAGGAGGCCAGUGACGAUGCCAUCCAGGGCCAGCUGCACGAAGACGACUUCGAUGUGGGCAAGCCCCAGAAACAGCGGCGCUCGAUAGUAAGAACGACGUCCAUGACCAGGCAACAGAACUUCAAGCAGAAAGUCGUGGCCCUGCUGCGGAGAUUCAAGGUGUCCGAUGAGGUCCUAGACUCGGAGCAGGACCCAGCCGAGCAUGUCCCCGAGGUGGAAGAGGACCUGGACCUCCUCUACGACACGCUGGACAUGGAGAACCCCAGUGACAGUGGCCCCGACAUGGAGGAUGACGACAGCGUCCUCAGCACCCCAAAGCCAAAGCUCAGGCCAUACUUUGAGGGCCUGUCACACUCGAGUUCCCAGACGGAGAUUGGCAGCAUCCACAGCUCCCGGAGUCAGAGGGGGCCACCCAGUCCUGCGGAGGCUUCCGAGAAGAUGAGACCCCUCAGCAGCCGGCAGUCGAGUGAGAAUGUCCCCAACACAAUGGUGCAUAGCACCCCGAUGCGGGAACAGCCCAGGCCACCAGAGGACAGCCCGGAGGCAGAAGCCACCACGCAGGACGUGUUCACAGAAAGGCUCCCACCCAGCGGCAAAAUCACAAAAACGGAGUCUCUCAUCAUCCCCUCCACCCGGUCUGAGGGGAAGCAGGCUGGCCGCCGAGGCAGAAGCACGUCCCUGAAGGAGCGGCAGCCGGCCCGGCCACAGAGUGAGCGGGCCAACAGCCUGGACAAUGAGCGCUGCCCAGACACCAGGAGCCAGCUGCAGAUCCCCAGGAAGACCGUGUAUGACCAGCUCAACCACAUCCUCAUCUCUGAUGACCGGCUUCCGGAGAACAUCAUCCUGGUCAACACCUCGGACUGGCAGGGCCAGCUCCUCUCAGACAUGCUGCAGCGACACACGCUGCCUGUGGUCUGCACCUGCUCCUCGGCCGACGUCCAGGCUGCCUUCAGCACCAUUGUCUCUCGGAUACAAAGAUACUGCAACUGCAACUCCCAGCCCCCGGCGCCGGUGAAGAUCGCGGUGGCGGGGGCGCAGCAGUACCUCAGCGCCGUCCUGCGUCUCUUUGUGGAGCAACUGUCCCACAAGACCCCCGACUGGCUGGGCUAUAUGCGCUUCCUAGUCAUCCCUCUGGGCUCCCACCCCGUGGCUCGCUACCUGGGCUCCGUGGACUACCGCUACAAUAACUUCUUCCAGGACCUGGCCUGGAGAGAUCUCUUCAACAAGCUGGAGAGCCAUAGUGCAGUGCAGGAAACCCCAGACAUCGUGUCUCGUGUCACGCAGUACAUCGCCGGGGCCAACUGUGCCCACCAGCUGCCCAUUGCGGAGGCCAUGUUGACCUACCGGCAGAAGAGGAAAAGGAACCUCCACUUUGAUUUCACCCUGAGCCCUGACGAAGAGUCCUCCCAGAAGUUCAUCCCCUUUGUCGGGGUUGUCAAGGUUGGCAUCGUGGAGCCGUCCUCCACCACAUCAGGGGACUCUGACGAUGCAGCAGCCCCGUCCAGCUCCAGCGUGCUCUCUUCAACCCCGCCGUCCAUGUCUCCGGCUGCCAAGGAGGCCUCACCCACUCCACCCUCAUCCCCUGCUGUGAGCGGAGGCCUGUCUUCCCCCAGCCAGGGCGUCGGCGCGGAGCUGAUGGGAUUGCAGGUGGAUUACUGGACCACAGCGCCGGCGGCCGAGAGGAAGCGAGACGCCGAGAAGAGGGACCUGCCCACCGCCAAAAACACGCUCAAGUGCACUUUCCGGUCCCUCCAGGUCAGCAGGCUGCCUGGUGGCAGCGAGGCCACAGCCACACCCACCAUGUCCAUGACUGUAGUCACCAAGGAGAAGAACAAAAAGGUGAUGUUCCUGCCCAAGAAAACCAAGGACAAGGACGUGGAGUCCAAGAGCCAGUGCAUCGAGGGCAUCAGCCGCCUGAUCUGCACCGCCAAGCACCAGCAGAACAUGCUGCGCGUCCUCAUCGACGGGGUGGAGUGGAAUGAUGUCAAGUUCUUCCAGCUGGCAGCCCAGUGGUCAUCCCACGUCAAGCACUUCCCCAUCUGCAUCUUUGGACACUCCAAGCCUGCCUUCUAGCUCCAGCGGCCCUGAGGAUGGAGCCGUGGAAGCCACCAGAGAUCACACCCUGCCUGGCCAGGCCACCACUGGGCGUCCUGCACCUGUUAAGGCUGCGGUUCCCACAGAGAUGGCGCUUAAACAGAGGGGCUUCAGCCAAAUGCACUCGCACUGUGGAGACUAACAGCCCCACGCCCGGGGAGCUGAGUACUACUCUGCUUAUUAACCAGAAUGUUCGGGGCUGGGGGAGGG